GCGAGCGCCCGCCGGCCGCUUCCGCUCUCGGCGCAGGCGCGGCAGCUCGGCCGGAGAGCGGAGGGGGCGCGGGAGAGGAGCGGACGCGGCUGGCCAGUAUGGUGCUGGAGAGCGUGGCCCGCAUCGUGAAGGUGCAGCUUCCCGCGUAUCUUAAGCGGCUACCAGUCCCCGAGAGCAUUACCGGGUUCGCGCGGCUCACAGUUUCAGAAUGGCUUCGGUUAUUGCCUUUCCUUGGUGUACUUGCACUACUUGGCUACCUUGCAGUUCGUCCAUUCCUCCCGAAGAAAAAGCAACAGAAGGAUAGCUUGAUUAAUCUUAAAAUACAAAAGGAAAAUCCAAAAGUGGUGAAUGAAAUAAACAUUGAAGAUCUGUGUCUUACUAAAGCAGCUUAUUGUAGGUGUUGGCGUUCUAAGACGUUUCCUGCUUGUGAUGGCUCACAUAAUAAACACAAUGAAUUGACAGGAGAUAAUGUGGGUCCGCUAAUACUGAAGAAGAAAGAAGUAUAAUAGUAAUGAAUUAGGAUUGAAUUCAAUCGUGUGUUGUAAAAUCUUAUAACAGUAUUUUCUCAUUCUUUGUGUAUAGAAAAUCUUUGAAAUGGUGGUCUUAAUUAUUGCUACUGGUUGAAUAAUUAUUUCUGCCAAUUUAUUUUCUUGCUACACAACUGUUUAUAUUUGAUACUUUGUAUAUUCAGAGUCAUUUGUGUACAAAUUAGUCAACCUUCUCAUUCUGACUUCAAAGAAUUAAUGUAUCUUCCAACAAUAAAAUCAGCAAUUCUGAUUUUAAUUAAUUGAGAAAAAUCUAAAUUUUAGCAUGGGUCCAAAGCUAUUUCAAUAUUUUCAUCACAUUCUGCACUUUAAAAUUUUUCCCUACACUGUUAAAUAUAUUAUUUUUCAUGUCGCUUUUGUUUUGAUCAUUUGAAGUAUUUUUUUCCCCAUUUGACCUUCCACACUCCAUUGUGUUUAGAUGAAUUAAGACAAAUAUUACCACUGAGAAUAACUUGAGUUUUCACAGAGAUAAACUCUGCUUUAUAGAGAUUGUUGUCUAAUUAAAAUCAAUAUCUCAAUUUCAGAAAAGAUGUAAACUGGAUAGAAAAAGUUCCAACUAGGAACAGUUAUUUACAUUAUAAAAGAUUUGUUUACUUUACAAAAGGCUUGUUUGUGUCUGUUCCACAUGUGUGUUGUGUGUGCACGUUUGUGUGUGUGUAUAUUAAGCUAUUUGACUAAUGAUAGCUGGGAUGGGGUGGCAAGAACACUGACAGCUAAACUCUUAGGCUGCUGCAAUUAGAAAUAAACAUGAAGUAUAUGUGAAUCACAUUAAAAUGAUAAAUAGUCCAGUGUUCAAAUUUGUGUUUAUGUGAACAUUUUUCUCUUUUAACAAUAUAAACCAUUAAGACAAAAUACAAAAAAGUUUGCGAAAUAAACCUACUGGGGAAUCUUUAAAAUGUUUGUAAGUUUUUACCCUACUAUUAAGAGUCUUCUUAGUUUCAUAUUAUAGUACUCGUAUUAAUAGCUGUCCUUAAGUCUGUCUAUUAAAGGUACAGUCCAUUCAGUUCACUAUGCUUUCUUUUUAUAUGAAAAAGCUCCAGGAGGCAGACAUAUUUAAUCCUUCUUCCAAUAAUAAAGCUCAUAGUUAUUGAGCACUUAUAUGUAUCAGACACUACACUAAAUAUGACACUUGGAUUUUUAAUUCUUACUUGUAAUGUCAAUAGGUUCUAUUGUGUGAUCUUAACUUUUUCGUGACCAACAGCAGGAAUUGUAAAGUUAAUGUUAGAACUGUGGUCUGUGGUUUUCAAGACCUUUUACAAGGUGUAUGUCCAAAGUUGUUGCUCUUCCCUCUCCCCACCUGUCAGUGGGGGAGAAAUACAACCUUGCUCUCA